AUGAGAACAAUAGGCCUGGAAUAGGCUUUAGAGACCAUUCGGUCCCACCUUCUCCUUUUCCAGUGACUAACUGAGGACCAGGUCAUUUGGCAAGCUAAUAACACAACAAACUCAUUUUUUUCAUCUGUCAAAUAAUCAACAGCCAGUAUUUACAGAGAGUUUACAGCAUGCUAAGGGUUCAACUUUGUGGGGCAGGAAUUCUUAUUAUCCAGGUAACAGAUGAGGAAUUUGAGGCUCAGAUAAGGGAAAUGACUCAGAUGAGGAAUUUGAGGCUUAGACAAGGUCUUAGAGCUGGUAGAACCAGUCAGAAGGAGGACCUCACUGCUAAAUUCCUCUCUGGGAAGACAAAGGCUUUUACCUCACAAUGUUAUCGGAAGGAUCCAGCCAUCUAGAGCACAUUUACGGGAAGAAAAAAAUUGUCAGCAGCUGCUUCCAUAGUGGGGGCACAGCAGGAGGAAAACACCUUCAUAUGGAAGGUGACCUUCACCUACUCCGCCCCAGGUGAGAGGCAAGGGAGCAACUUUUCAGGGUACAAAGAAGAACUGGAAAUGUCCACUUUGGCAUCAGCAGCCUGAAGGAAACAGCAGAGAAACUCAGAUUGGAGAACAUUCUCCCAAACAACCUGCCUGCGCUCUUCGAAAACGCCAGUGUUUUCCUACAGCCAGGCCACCCUGAACAAGCCCAAUCCCGUCUGAUCUCGGAAGCUAAGCAAGGUCGCGCCCAGUUAGUACUCGGAUCGAUGAGAGACCACCUAGGAAGACCAGGUGAUGUAACCAGCCUCCAGGGGAGCAGUUCAGUGCCACGAAGCUUUAUCCACCCAGCCUGGACAAUGUCUAGACGCCAGGUGAGCCAUCCCAACACUUACAGCCGCUCGAACCAUCCCAACGUGUCCUUUCCGGCCCGGACAUCAGGCUGGUCCCACUGCCCCAAUGCGACCAGGGCUAACAACUUUAAACGUCCCCACACUCCAAGUGCCUCGGAGUUUAGCAACUACAGCAGCCCUUCGGAGCAGUCUGACAGCCCCAGCUCCCCCAACUUUCCAGUGAGGAAUAUCUGCAUGGGCCGGCCAUACAACUCCAAGUGUGUAGAGUCAAGCCACCUGGCUAACCACCCCAAGUUUGCCAAAAAGCCCACUUGGCAUAGCAGCCCCCACUGCUUGCUUUGCACAGAUCAUCCCUCGGGCCCCUCUGGCCCCACCUUCCUGGACCAACUCAUCAAAGGCAUCAACUACCUUGACAGAUCCACCAAUGCCUUCUACAACAACUACCCUAAAUCACUGAGCCUACCAAGGCUUGCAGCCAACUACCUAGAACGUGCUGCCAACUCCAUCCACCUGGACCACCCAGACCACUCCUUCACCCGCAGUUACUCCAACCCCAGGAACAGCAUGGCUGCCUCUGACAACAGCAGCACCUGCAUGGUGCCACGCACCAAGGGAGUCAAUACUACAGAUGAGUCCAUCAACAUGAGUUGCCCACGCCGGCUUCAUAGCCGGAAUCUCACUCCCAUGCUGCCUCAUAGGCAAGGGAUAAAGUUGCCCGAGCUCCCUUUAUUUGGCAACGGGAUCUUUUCUUUAGGUCGUCUGCCCAGGCUCUGGGAAGCAAUCCGCUCAGGCUGGAGUGCCCCUGAGCCCAUCUCUAAACCCAGUAGCUGGUGGUGACAUCAACACCAACCGUGAAGUGGACUCAUGUCCAUCAGGCUGCAGGUGUGGAAAAUAAAUUGUCUGUGGCAAAAUGUUCCUUCCAAGGUUCUGUUGAGGGGAAAUGGCCAUUUAGGUUGGAGGUUAUAAAUUCCAAGACCUACAGGCCUGGGCAGUUAAAAAUUAAUGGGUGAAUUGGUGGUAGUAAGGAGAGGCGGACACUGUGUCUGAGUGGAGAGGGAAUACCUGGUCUAAACCCAGCUCUCAAAUGGGUUGUCACCUUUUCACGAAAAGCCAAGAAUCUGAGUUUUAUAUGUUAGCAACAGAUUCGAAAAUAUCAUGAUGCUCUGUGGGCUGAACAGAAAUACUUGCUAGCUGAAUGCGAAGCCACAAGUCUCAGUUGGGAAUCUCUGGGUUUUACCUUGUAUGGACCACUGGGGACAUUCCUAGUCUCCUUUGGCCUCAGUUUCCUAGUCUCCCUUGGCCUCAGUUUCCCCAUGUGAAGAAAUAGGCUGGCUGUUUAUACCCAACCCCCAUCUGUACCCUUCUUCUUCCAGGCUCGUGGUCGAUUUUAGCACAGCCACAUGUGAGCAGAAAGGUAGCAUAAUGAUAAGGAUAGUAAACUGAUAUAGAGCACUUAUAUGUGGCAGGCACUGUUCUAAGUGCUUUACACAUUUAUUCUUUUAAAGGUAUGGUUUUGAUGACCAAGACCUAAGGUGGAUGUAGAGAAAACUUUAGGAUGGCUAGUGUGAGAUGCAUUGGAACAGGCAACUAGGGAUAGCAACAGGUGGAAGAGUAGCCCUUCCUGGAAAAUCUCUGAAAAGAAUGGUUUUGUCCAAGCCAGGUGAGGGCUGGAGGGUCAGAAUGAGGUGGUCCCACAUUUCUUUCCGGGAAUGUUUGGGAAAAUGUUCCUGGGCCACUGGGGGCUCCAAACCUUCAGACUCAACUGAUUUGAGUGCUGAGAAAUUGGGCCCCACAAGGGACCUAGGUAUCUAUCAUCCCACUGAUGACUCUGGAGACCAGGCUUUCAGCCUAGUUCUGCUACUCUCCUGCCUUGAGAGCUCGGGCACAUCAUCUCCCCUCCCCAGGCCUGUUUCCUCUUCUCUAACAUGAGUCGAGUAGCUUUGAUGAUCUCUAAGAGCCCUUAGACUCUGAUAUUUCUGAGUCUCCCCUUCUGGUCCCAAGACAGGCCUGGAGCCUCCUGAGCUGAGAAUUGAGAGUGCUCCCCUCCCCCAAGAACUCAGGCCUCCUGAGUCCUGAGUCAUCUUCCCGGGCUACUCAGUGGGCCAUUUCAGGCCACAGGGCCUAUUUCUGUGUGGCUCUGAACCUCAGGCCCAGUCCUUUCUGGCUGGAGCUUUUCUGCCUUGAAAAUAUGGGAGCCGAUAGCAGCUCAGAAUGUGGAAUGUGGCUGACCUUGAAAUAAUGCAGAACCUGGAGGUCUACAAGAUUCCAUGGCUCUUGGAGGAGAUGGCUUGCUGUGGCCUAGCAGAGAAGGUGGCAGACCUGAAUAUCUCUUCCAUGAGAUCACUGCAGUGGUCCUAGGGUGGGAGGAAGGAAAGAGGUACUGACCCCCCCAGCCCACUGAAUUCACCUUCACUUCUAUUCCAUCUCUUGGAGCCCAAAGCUCAGCAGGGCACGCACUCCUUUCUCUGUCUCUGGCAUCCCUUCGCUCCCCAGGGAGAAGACUUUGGCCUUUGUCUGAGGGGUCCUCAGCCCCCCAGUGACCCAUUCCCCCCGUGAACGUUCGCAAGAAUACAGCUUGUUAGAGUCCAUUUGGGGCCAACUUAAGAGGUCUUUCAAAAGUGUCCUGAUUCCCAAAUCCUCUAUUUGGCCACUUGAAGCCAGCCCUUUCUUGCUCUAAGUCCGUAUUUGCAUAGGUGUCGUCCCUAACUCUCCUGGAGAUGCCUACGUCAAAAAUGGUCCAAUUUCCUUUAAUCAGAGAAUAAGACCCUUGCCUAGGACACUGCUUUUGAGGUCUCCAGUAUCUAGCCCAGUUUCAGCUCACAAUGGGAGCUCAAUUAUUAUAUUGAUAUUGAUUACAGGGCCCAACGAUAUUGAUUAGGUGCUCAGUAAUGACAACUACUAUUAAGAACAUUUACAGUAUCUUGCAUGCAAUGGAUUUUCAAUAAACGAUAAUAAUGAUAACA